GCUCCCGGCCCCAGCCCCACCCACCGCGCGGUGUUGGUGAGCCUUCCCGAGUGGGCAGCACCGGAUCGGCGCUCGCGGCGCGCCAUGGCUGGGCUGCUGGGGCUGCUUGGCCCGGCGGGAAGAGUGGGAGCCCGGCUUCGGCCCCGGGCCCCUUGGCUUCUGGGAGCCGCCACCUCCUGUGCUCCACCGCCCGGGGCCUUGGCCUUGUCCCGCCCAAGGCCGGACACCCGGUUGCUGCACACGGCCCGCAGGGACUGCCUUAGUCGCCAGGAGCCCAACAGAGUCUCUGAGCCAGGAGGCAGCGCCAACAGCAUGGAGAAAAAGCUAAGCAAAUCCCAGCAGCUGAAGGUGGUCUUCCAAGAGUACGGAGCUGUGGGCGUGUCGCUGCACAUUGGGGUCUCCCUGGUAUCCUUGGGGAUAUUCUACACAGUGGUUUCCAGUGGCAUAGACAUGUCUGCAAUUCUGCUUAAGCUUGGCUUUACAGAGUCGCUGGUGCAAUCCAAAAUGGCAGCCGGCACCAGCACAUUCGUGGUGGCCUAUGCCAUCCACAAGCUGUUUGCGCCCGUGCGGAUCAGCAUCACCUUGGUAUCUGUGCCCUUCAUCGUUAGGUACUUCCGCAGAGUGGGGCUCUUUAAACCUCCAGCCGCCAAGCCGUGAUGAAGCUGCUCUCUUCUGAACAACAGGACUUCGGGCUGGUCUCAGGGUGGGGU